CUUGGGAGAUGAAGAUAGUGUGUAGCUGCUUCUGGGCUCAAGGAGGAGGAGAGGAAUCCACAAGCCGACACCAUGAGAUCCAAGGCGCGGGCGAGAAAACUGCCCAAAAGUGACAGCGAGAUUGUAAAUAAUAUGUACGAGACCGACCCUGAUCUCCUUGCUGGCGAAAGUGCAGAGGAGGAAACAGAGGACAGUAUUAUGUCCCCCAUUCCUGUCGGACCUCCAUCACCCUUUCCCACCAGUGAGGACUUCACUCCCAAGGAGGGCUCACCUUAUGAAGCUCCCGUCUACAUUCCUGAUGACAUUCCAAUCCCACCAGAUUUUGAACUCAGAGAAUCUUCGAUUCCAGGGGCAGGGCUAGGGAUUUGGGCCAAAAAGAAGAUUGAAGUUGGGGAAAGAUUUGGACCCUAUAUGACAGUACAGAGGAGCACAUUAAAGGAGACAAACUUUGGAUGGGAGCAAAUACUGACUGAUCCCGAGGCGGCCUCCCAAGAGGGCAAUAUAAAAAAGAUUGCUGAUGAGCUGGGCAAUGAGAAGUUCUGCAUCGAUGCCAACCAGAGCGGAGCCGGGAACUGGCUGAAGUACAUCCGUGUGGCCUGUUCCUGUGACGAGCAGAACCUCGCCGUGUGCCACGUUAACGACCAGAUCUAUUAUAAAGUUAUUAAAGAAAUUGAGCCAGGAGAAGAGCUCUUGGUGUAUUUGAAGGAAGGUGGUUAUUCCCUUGGGAACAUGGCGCCCAGCAUGGAAGAGGAGCACACGUUUCGCUGCGAGGACUGCGAUGAGCUCUUCCAGUCCAAGCUCGACCUGCGGCGACACAAGAAAUACGCCUGCACCGCCGUCAGCUCCCUCUACGAGACCCUGAAUGACGAGAUCAAGCAAGAAGGUCUUGGAGAUGGCCAGGUCUACGAGUGCAAAGACUGUGAGAGGAUGUUCCCCAAUAAAUACAGCCUGGAGCAGCACAUGGUGAUCCACACCGAGGAGCGGGAGUACAAGUGUGACCAGUGUCCCAAGGCUUUCAACUGGAAAUCCAACCUGAUUCGGCACCAAAUGUCUCACGACAGUGGGAAACGGUUUGAAUGUGAAAACUGUGUUAAGGUGUUUACGGACCCCAGCAACCUCCAGCGGCACAUCCGAUCCCAGCACGUCGGGGCGCGGGCCCACGCCUGCCCGGACUGCGGCAAAACCUUCGCCACCUCCUCGGGCCUCAAGCAGCACAAGCACAUUCACAGCACUGUCAAACCUUUCAUAUGUGAGGUCUGUCACAAAUCCUACACGCAGUUCUCCAACCUCUGCCGCCACAAGCGGAUGCACGCGGACUGUCGCACCCAGAUCAAGUGCAAGGACUGCGGGCAGAUGUUCAGCACUACCUCCUCCCUCAACAAGCACCGCCGCUUCUGCGAGGGCAAGAACCAUUACAACCCCGGCGGCAUCUUCGCCCCCGGCCUACCCCUGACGCCCACUUCCAUCAUGGACAAAUCCAAACCCUCGCCCAACCUCAACCACGCCAGCUUGGGAUUUAAUGAUUAUUUUCCAUCCCGCCCUCACCCGGGGGGUCUCCCCUUCUCACCCGCCCCCCCGGCCUUCCCUGCCCUCACGCCGGGAUUCCCGGGGAUUUUCCCCCCCUCUCUCUACCCCAGGCCCCCCUUGUUACCGCCCACGCAACUGCUCAAAAGUCCCCUCAACCACACUCAAGACGCCAAGCUUCCAAGCCCCCUUGGGAACCCGGCACUUCCCCUCAUCUCUGCCGUCAGCAACAGCAACCAGGCUGCUUCAGGAGAGGAGAAAUGUGAAAGCAGCCUGGAGAACUCCUACCUGGAGAAGCUAAAAGCCAGGAACAGCGACAUGUCGGACGGCAGUGACUUUGAGGACGUCAAUACCACCACGGGCACGGACCUGGACACCACCACGGGCACCGGUUCUGACCUGGACAGCGACGCGGAGAGCGACAGGGACAAAACGAAAGACAAGAGCAAACAAACGGAGAGCAAACCGGAUUUUGUCAGCAGCUCCGUGUCCGCAAGCUCCACCAACAACACGAGUGAGAUCCCUCUCUUCUAUUCUCAGCAUUCCUUCUUUCCUCCCCCCGAGGAGCACCUCCUGCCCACCACGGGAGCAGCUAAUGACUCUAUUAAAGCCAUCGCCUCCAUCGCAGAGAAGUAUUUUGGGCCUGGCUUUAUGGGGAUGCAGGAGAAAAAGAUGGGUUCGCUCCCGUAUCAUUCCAUGUUCCCUUUUCAGUUCCUUCCCAAUUUCCCCCAUUCCCUCUACCCUUUCACGGAGCGGACCCUCAAUCACAACUUGCUGGUCAAGGCAGAACCAAAGUCACCCAGGGACCUCCACAAAGUGGGCAGCACCAGCUCGGAGUCGCCCUUCGAUCUCACCACGAAGCCAAAAGAGAUUAAGCCAAUCUUGCCGCCACCCAAGGUCCUGCCAGCCCCGUCCUCAGGGGAGGAACAGCCACUGGAUCUGAGCAUCGGCAACCGCAUCCGGGCCAGUCAGAACGGGGGAAGAGAGCCACGGAAAAACCACAUCUACGGGGAGAGGAAGCUGAUGGCAAGUGAAGUCUUACCCAAGAUUUCCCAGUCUCAACUGCCUCAGCAGCCAUCCCUGCACUAUGCUAAGCCAUCACCCUUUUUCAUGGACCCCAUAUACAGCAGGGUGGAGAAGCGGAAGGUGACAGAUCCUGUGGGUGCCCUAAAGGAGAAGUACCUGCGACCCUCCCCGCUGCUUUUCCACCCCCAGAUGUCAGCCAUAGAGACGAUGACGGAGAAACUGGAGAGUUUUGCAGCCAUGAAGGCAGACACCGGCACGUCCCUGCAGCCCCUUCCUCACCACCCCUUCAACUUCCGAUCGCCGCCCCCCACGCUCUCCGACCCCAUCCUGCGCAAGGGCAAGGAGCGAUACACCUGCAGGUACUGUGGUAAGAUCUUCCCUCGCUCGGCAAAUCUGACCCGGCAUCUGCGGACACACACUGGAGAACAGCCCUACAGGUGUAAAUACUGUGACAGGUCAUUCAGCAUUUCCUCCAACCUCCAGCGGCACGUUCGAAACAUCCAUAACAAGGAGAAGCCAUUCAAAUGUCACCUGUGUAACCGAUGCUUCGGGCAGCAGACCAACCUGGACAGGCAUCUUAAGAAACAUGAACACGAGAACGUUCCAGUGAGCCAGCACUCUGGAGUCAUCACCAACCACCUUGGGACCAGUGCCUCUUCCCCAAACUCGGAAUCAGACAACCAUGCACUUUUAGAUGAAAAAGAGGAUUCGUAUUUCUCUGAAAUCAGAAAUUUUAUUGCAAAUAGUGAGAUGAAUCAAGCAUCAACUUUAGCAGAUAAAAGGCCAGAAAUCCAGGAUAUUGAUGGCAAUUCCCAGUGUCACGGAUUAGCAAAUGAGAAAACAGAAGACGUGGAUGAUGAGGAUGAAGAACUGGAAGAGGAAGACGACGACAGCCUGACAGGGAAGUCACAGGAUGAAACGGUAUCGCCUGCCGCAGAGCCCCGAGGAGCAUUUGAGGAUGAGGAGGAUGAAGAGCCCACAUCUCUCACCAUGAGCUUUGACCACACCCGAAGGUGUAUUGAGGAGGACGAAGCCGGCUUGUUAGAUUUGGAGCAGAUGCCGAAUUUUGGGAAGGGGCUGGAUCUUCGCAAAGCAGCCGAGGAAGCAUUUGAAGUUAAAGAUGUGUUUAAUUCCACCUUAGACUCUGAGACAAUAAAACAGACUCUGUACAGGCAGGCUAAAAACCAGGCUUAUGCAAUGAUGCUGUCCCUGUCUGAGAACGCUCCCCUCCACGCGUCCUCCCAGAACUCGCUGGGGGCUUGGUUGGACAUGGCAGGAGCAGCUUCAGAGUCGGGGACCUUUAACCCCAUCAACCACCUCUGAGAGGUCACCAAGGCACUGGCCAGAGCCCAGGCGAGGAGGCGGAGGUGCUGCAGUAAUCCUAGCAAAAACCCUAGCAAGCAGAAGAUGGAUGAGAGGGCCUCAGGGAGGAGUCUGGACUUUUGGCUGAGAAGGAAACCUGUCGCGUCCGACCUACAAGUCCUGCAUUUUUGAUCUAUCUACCCAGGAGUUUUCAUUUCUAAUUUAUCAGAACGAACCUCUCCACAACUGGAUCACCCCGAAGGAUCUCACAGUCUGUAGGAACAGCACGAGCCAAGACCCGAAUUGCAGCAGUGCAAUCAGACGUUGGCCCCUCUACCAUUACAAACCAGUAUGACUGAGCCAGUAAAGCCUGCGUGCUAACGAAAGCUUGAAACCAUUCAGUACCAUUUCCUUCCCAUUCCGCUGAAUAGUGAAGUAAUAAGGAAAAAUGAGCCAGGUGUGACCUGUCCCUGGUGCAAUUCUGACGUAGUCACUGGAGUUCUACCAGGGAAGGAUAAAUUCAACCUGGUUGAUUGACCCCCAAAAGGAUUUGAAAUUCUGCGCUCCCACCGAAAUGCCAUCCUGUCCCUUGCUCCUGAGGAAACAUCUUGUCCCAGUGCAAAGCUUCUGGAACACGAGGCUGUGAAUGGAUUUCCCUCUCUGGUUGGGACAUCUUCCCCCCCAGCCUUGCUGAGGUUGGGGUGAUGGAGGUAUCACACAAAUCCCUGGUUGAUGGUCACCAGCUGUGCCCCGAGUGCCCUUCUGUGUGUGCCUGCCCUGCCAGGGUAGGGCUGUGUCCCUCUCUGCUGGUGCCUGUGAGCCCAGGGGCUCGGAGUGUGUCACACAAAGCCAUGCUCAGCUGGGGAUGGGGUUGGUGACACCACCAUGGAGCUGCUGAAGAUGCUUGGACUUCCCCAGGCAGAGAGGUCCCGGGGCAAAGCCCUGCCCAGAAAGUGUGGCGGGCAGUCUCGCCUUGCGAAGGGCAAUUCAGAAUCAUCUUCUAAUUUAUCUCUCCCAGGGCUUUUUUAAUUUUAUUUUAUUUUAGAGUGACAUCCUGUCAGUGUUGGUAGCAUCUGGGAACCGUGGCGGAAGUUUCUGGCCCGUGCAGUUGUUUUGGUACGCUGGAUGGUUGCUUACGCACAUCACACAGCUAUUCGGCCUCUAAUUUAAGUGGAAAGGUCCAAAUCUCCCCACUUUUCAGCGUCCUCUGUUGUAGCACGUGGCUAAGAAUGGAAUGGUCCGUCUGGCUCUGGAAUUGCUCACAGAUAUUUUAAGGAGGGAUUUUAAAUCUCUGCGAAAAUCUCAUCUUCUCCUCUGACAAGGAGCAGCCUCCAGGAAUAGUGGUGUUUGUGCUGUCCUGCACGGCAGCUGCUGGGCAGGGGCUUUGCAGGUAAAGCUGAAUUAGGGAAUAAUCAGGAAAGUGAUUAGACUUGGCAAGGAGGCUACACAGAAAAGGGUGAGAACGGGUGUCCUGAGAGUUUUCCAACUGCAGCCUCUACAGAUGAGAAGCGCCGAGGACUGAACUGCUCCUGCACCUGAAGGAACCAGGUGCUGCCUCUGGCCAUUGCCAUCCUGCAGGGAGCCAGGGAGCUCAAAAUGAACUUUUCCCACCCAUUUCAGCCUAUUUUAGUGCUGGCCGAGCUUCCAGUAAGUGUUCUAUCAGGUAAUACCUGCUUGUGGAAUGGGGUUAGUGCCCGGUGCUGGCGAAGCAGGAGGCUUGGCGUGACGGACACUCCAGCGUGAAGGGACAUGAUGGCAAAGCCUGUUCCAGCAUGCUAAAACAGAGGAAACAGCUACUGCAAGAAAGAGAGGUUGUGUUUGGAGCAAUCCCUUCGUAAUUCCCUCUUUGGAGCAGGUGGGGGGCUGGCUGUAGGGAGCCAGGAGCCCCCACUGCCCGCGGAGGAGAGCAUCU